AUGACAGUCGCAAGCAAGGUAUUGGUUUUAGGAGCAGGGUGUUUUUGGGGAACAGAACAUGUGUUUGCUAAAGCAUUUGCAAACAACAAGGGUUUGAUUAGUAACAUAGUUGGUUACGCCAAUGGUGAUGAAAAAUAUCACGGGGUUUCAUAUCAGCAAGUUUGUAGCGGGGGAACGGGCUUUGUUGAAGUUGCUAAACUAACCUACGAUCCAGCUCAAUUGUCCACUGAGUCCAUCAUUGAUCUUUUUUUUAGAAUGCACGAUCCAACCCAACUCAAUUCCCAAGGUCCAGAUGUUGGACAACAAUACAAGUCAGCAAUUUACUACACCGAUGAAGAACAACACAAGGUUGCUGAACAAUUGAAGGAGAAAUACCAAAAGGAAUGGUACCCAAACAAGAAGAUUCAAACUGAGAUUGCUCCAUUGAAGGUGUUUUAUGACGCUGAAAGUUACCACCAAAAGUACCUUGACAACAAUCCUGGCGGAUACGAAUGCCCAACUCAUUUCAUUAGAACAGAACCACCACGUCAAGGUUGGUUUUGA